AUGUCCGCCGUCGGAACCGACGGAAUCACCGUUACAUAUUCGUCCGAAAGAACCGGAACCCCCGAUCUUCGCUUCAUCCAUUACAAUGAUGUAUACCAUGUGGAAGCAGGGUCUGCUGAGCCAGUCGGCGGCGUUCCUCGUUUCCAAUCCGUGAUCAACCACUACCGCACCGAUCUCCGGUUCGCCGAACAACCUGACAUCCUCACCUUUUUUUCCGGAGACGCCUUCAACCCGAGUAUCGAAAGCACUGUGACCAAGGGACGGCAUAUGGUACCCUUUCUGAAUAAGGCGGGAACUGAUGUGGCAUGUAUUGGGAACCAUGACCUCGAUUUCGGUGUCGCGCAGCUCCGGCAUCUGCGUAGUCAGUGCCAAUUCCCCUGGCUGCUGGCCAAUGUCCUUGAUCCAGCGCUAGGAGAGAAUAUUCCCAUUGCGAACUGUGAGCGGACCUGGAUGUUGACCUCAUCAAACGGCCUCAAGGUGGGCGUGAUUGGUCUGGGGGAGAGAGAAUGGCUAGGAACCAUCAACUCCCUUCCGCCGGACCUGAUCUAUAAAUCCGCUGCGGAGACCGCUCGCGAACUAGUCCCUCCUCUCCGUGAGCAAGGCGCCGACAUCAUUGUCGCCGUCACCCAUCAACGCGAACCCAACGAUUAUAAAUUGGCCGAAAGGCUGCCUCCCGGUUUCAUCGAUAUCAUUCUGGGAGGUCACGAUCACUACUACGCACAUGCUGUCGUCAACGGUAUUCAAGUUCUGCGCUCCGGGACAGACUUCAAACAGCUCAGCUACAUCGAAGCAUGGCGCAAAGCGGACGGACCAGGAUGGGAUUUUAAUAUUAUUCGUCGCGACAUGGUCCGGUCCAUCCCGGAAGACCCCGCGACCGUGGCGCUGGUGGCCAGGCUAACAUCGAGUCUCAAAGCCAAGCUCGAGAAACCGAUCGGGUAUACGGUACGGCCGCUGGACGCCCGAUUCUCUACAGUCCGCCAACGAGAGUCAAAUUUAGGUAAUUUUGUUUGCGACCUGAUGCGAUUCUAUUACGCGGCCGAUUGCGCCAUGAUGGCUGGCGGCACCAUCCGCGGGGACCAGAUCUACCCACCGGGGAUUUUGCGAUUGAAAGAUAUACUUAAUUGCUUCCCGUUCGAAGAUCCGAUCGUCUUGCUCCGGGCUGAGGGCCGAGCCCUGAUGGACGCGCUAGAGAACGGUGUGAGUCAACUCCCCGCGCUGGAGGGGCGAUUUCUGCAGGUAUCCAACAUUUCGUUCAGCUACAAUCCGUCCGCCCCUCCUGGCUCACGCAUAAACUGGGCGAAGAUAGGAGGACACCCGAUUGAGUACGACCGGAAGUACACUCUCACCACUAGGGGGUAUAUGGCCCGUGGGAAAGAUGGUUUCGCGUCGCUGCUGGUGCAGUCUGAGGGUGGCGAGGUAGAAGAAGUGGUGGACGAGGAAAGCGGUAUCUUGGUCAGCACCCUCCUUCGCCAGUACUUCUUAAGCUUGAAGGUGAUGGGCAAGUGGCAGCGCUGGAGCAAGAGCAUGGGGCGCCACUGGAACACCGUUCACAAGAAUCUCCACUGCAAUGGAUGGCUGAAGCCGGCGUCUGGCCAAACCUCGCCGGUCGCUGAGAAGGCCCCAAAACAGCCCCAGCGACCAACCCUUAAAAGGACGAGCCAGUACUACUACGGCCGCUUCCCGGAGAUUGAGACGGAAGAGAAUCAGGAAACGGAGAUCAAGGGUCACGAGGAUAUGGAUUCGGAUUCCGACUCGGAUCCAGACAUUCUGACUUCUCCGGAACCCAUAACGAACUAUGUGACCCUACCCGCACAAUCCGUGGCAGAGGAGGAGCACCGACUCCGACUAGCUCGACAAGUGGUGCGUAAAUGGAUGGGAAAGGCUGGGCUCCAACCGGCCACGCUGAACGGCGGCACUGACGACGCCGCGUUCACCCCAACCUGGACUCCGGGUAUCGCACCACGACUCGAGGGACGCAUUGUGAUCGAGGACGCACGGUAG